CUAACGCGCUGUGUUGUGGCUCCGCCCCUAUGGCUCCGCCGUCCUUCCUUGAACCAGCCACAACUCCAACUUGAACACAUGUUGGACCCACAGACUGCAUCAGUCUCACAACUUCUCCGUGUUUUCGUUUUGUAGUCGCUGCAGCUUUACGAUCUCAGAUAGCUCGUGCUAGCCUCCGCUGUUCGGCUAACGGCUAAGAAAGUCCGUUAGGAAGAGCCGAAAACGAGCGGGUAACUGCUGCUGCUGCAGAGCCUCGACUCUCUGCUCGGUGUUUGAGCCGCUUCGAAGCCUGCUGGGAACAUGUCGGCCGCGCAGAACGAGUCUAGGAAGCGGAGCAAGAAGCGCUAUGGGUCCGGUCACCACGGCAAGAGGUGGAAGGGCUCCAGGGAGUUGGAGGUGGGCAUGGAGGGGAUCCUCAUCACAUGCAACAUGAACGAGAGAAAGUGCACCGCCGAGGCCUUCAAUCUGCUCAAUGAGUACGCAGAGCAGCUGUAUGGGCCCGAGAAGCUGCAGGAAAAUGCUGGCAGCAGCAGUGAUGAAGAGGAGGCUGAGGAGGAAGAUGUUGAUGUUGCACUGAAGAAAGAAGUGGCACAGCUGCAGGCAUCUGGAACCAAACAGGAGCGACGCUUCCAGGCUCUCGAUAGCGGAGCAAACAACGUCAUCUUCAUCCGAACUCAAAACCUGGAAUCUGACAAACUGGUUCAUCACAUCCUGUCUGAUCUUCACACAACCAAGAAGAAGAAGUCACGCGUGAUCCUCCGAAUGCUGCCAGUGACUGGAACGUGCAAGGCCUUCCAGGAAGACAUGGUGAAAUACCUGACCACGUUCCUGGAGCCUUGGUUCAAAACCCCGAACUGUGCUACCUACCAGAUCGCUUUCAAGGCUCGCAACAGCAGCCACAACAAGAGGGAUGAAAUCAUCAAAUCUAUUGCAGGUCUCGUGGGGAAGUUAAACCCUAAAAACAAAGUGGAUUUGACUAAUCCUGAACUGACGAUCAUUGUGGAGGUCAUCAAGGCCGUGUGCUGCAUCAGUGUGGUAAAAGACUAUACACUGUAUAGGAAGUACAACGUACAGGAAGUAGUGAAAGACGACGUACCCAAGCCUGAUGUGACCGCAGCAAAAAUAGAUUCAAACACAACCGAGAAGAAGGAGAAAGACGAUGCAGGGGAGACGGACAAAGAAAAGAAUAAAGGUGAAGACAACGGGGACAAAAAUGAGUCAGAGGACAAGAAGGAGGCUGAUAACGGUGAAGGUGUGGCGGAAUAAAAGCUCACAUUUACAGAAACCUCAUGGUCAGUUGGUGAGACAUCAUCUUAAGUCGCUUUAUAUUGUAGUGUGUUUGUGUUACAUGGACUGAUAACACGAUUUGUCAAAAUGUUGAGGUUGGCAACAGUCAAAAUGAUCGUAAUAUAAUUUGUUUUUUAAUGUUCAUAAACUGAGCUGUGUGUUUCAGAAAACCGUGGUUUGAAUUAACUUUACAUAUCAGUGUAACUCAGCCAACAGCUGACAGUUUUUCAAUCUGAAUUUGAUUUUUAAUGUCUGUGUCAGUUUGUUUUUGACAUUUUUACUCAAAGAAAAGAGGAGUUUCGCUCAGGUUAACAGGUGUCACAUUUCAUAUCUGUCUGGCUUUUGUAACUAUUGUUUCCUAAGCUAGUCCCUAAAUUAAAACUACCUGUGUGUUUGACUGAUUUCCCAGCUGUUCUUUGCUUAUUUAGUGGUGUUUCGCGUUGUAGUGAUCGGAACGACAAGGUUAAAGAAGUGGAGGAGAGACGACUUUAAAAGGAAAGGUUAAGGAUGAUGGAAAAGUCACAUUAAGGGAGCGUAGAAAAGCACGUGUGUGUGCUGCGUCACACCUGUAAAUGUUCUGACGUUUGGUCGGUUUUCCUUUUUUACUCCACAAGGUGGAGUUAACGCCUCAUUUUACAGAGUCAUGAGGAUCACUGGGAAAGAUGCACAAUGGCUGUUUGUCAUGGAUGAACAAUUUACCAAAACAUCACUAAGAUCCUGCCUUUGCUUUAGAUCACCUACAUUUUAUGUAGUUUUUAAAUGUUUUGAACGUGAACAGUAUAGGCUUUCCUGAAACGUGUUCAUUUACAGAUCCAGCUGUACUAUAUCUCAAUACAGACGGGAUUAUUUUACAUGUGUUGGGCAAGUAAUUUAGCAGGAACAGUUGAACCUGUGAUACCAAGGAACUGUACCGGUCUCUGGUGAGUUGAGUAGUUUUCUGAGUGACAAUAUGCCUCAAUAAAAUUUGUCAUAAUAUA